CUAUGGCCACCUCACGAAUACUCUGAUUGGCUGGCAUCUCGAAGCUCGCUCGCUUAUUGGCCAGGGCGGGAUCCCGCUCUCCAGCGGCAAGCUAGAGCUGUGUCAGACAAGCCUAGCAACCCGGCGGCCAUGGCGUCCUAUUUUGAUGAGCACGACUGCGAGCCGUUGAACCCUGAGCGCGAGGCCCGCAACAAUAUGUUGCUGGAGCUCGCGAGGAGAGUGCGCGGGGCUUGGAGCUGGGCCCCGGGCAGCAGAUCACUCUUUAAUAGGAUGGACUUUGCGGACUUGGGAUUGGUAGAUUGGGAACACCACCUGCCCCCACCAGCUGCCAAGGCUGUGGUGGAGAGCCUCCCCAGAACAGUCAUCGGUAGCUCCAAGGCUGAGCUCAAGUGCCCUGUGUGCCUUUUGGAGUUUGAGGAGGAGGAGACUGUGAUCGAGAUGCCCUGCCAUCACCUCUUCCACUCCGACUGCAUUCUGCCCUGGCUAAGUAAGACAAAUUCCUGCCCCCUGUGCCGCCAUGAGCUGCCCACUGAUGAUGACAGUUAUGAAGAGCACAAGAAAGACAAGGCAGCAGCAGCAGCACCGCCUGGAGAACCUCCACGGAGCCAUGUACACGUGAGGCAGCAGUUAGGGCUGAGAGCUCAGCCUCUGUGACCGAGUCCUCCCUUUUGCACUUUGAGUCUUCAUUAAAGGUUUCUUUACCCGCCCUGCAGCUGCACCGCUCACACGCUGCCGGAGCAGGCCUCCGCAUCCUCCACCCUGCUGCUAGUUAAAAGCUGGCAAACGCGUCAGAUGGCGGAAGGUGCCAGGCUGCAUUUCCCUCUCUGCUGGCCUCUAGCCUCUGGGUGGUGGGGCCCUGGGGGCAACCAGGGCUUGGGUCUGAGUGUUCUUGGUUAGAAGUUAAACUGUGUCAGGGCCUGGCACUUUGUAGCUGUUUAAAACUGAUAAACUAACUUGCACCACCCCCUUCCGGAAGAAUCUAGUUAACCUUGGAACCUUUAGUUAACAUUGGAAUCCUGGGGGUGUUCUUUAGUUCCCCUGAGAAAACUUUUAACAUUGUAAAAGUUGCCCUCUGUAUCCCAUCCCCGUCCCUGUAGGCGCCGGUAUCAAGGAAUCAAAGUUCAAGCCAGACUGGGUAGGGGAAAGAAAUGAGACUACAAAGCCAAGCCAGUUCUUUGGCCUGUUUAGAGACUCAAAAAGGGGGGCCAAGCACUUGUGGAGGUCUUGAGAGUGGGUCUAUGUGACCCUGGCUGGCUUGGAACUCACUGUAUUGACCAGGAUGAUCCUGGUCUAUACAAAUCACACUCUAUACAGAACUUAGGAGAUCCUCCUGCCUCUACCUCCCCAGUGCUAGGUUUGUACCAUCAUGCCCAGACCCUUCUGAUGUAUUUUGAUGGCACCUGUCACUCUUAGUUAUUGGCAACCCUCAAGAAUCUCUCCUGGACGGACCAAAGGGCUUCUUUUCAUCCCUACCUACUGGAUCAGACCCUCCCUGAUUCUCCAGAACAGACUGCAGACAUGCAAAUUAGAAUUCUUUUAAUAGAUAUAAAAACGUACUAAAAUA